UGCUGCACUGGGCGUGCGCGGGUGGUCUCAAGCCCUCUCGGCUGUGGGGUGUGUUACGGUGCUCUGGGAGCUCCCUGCCCCGAGGACAGACUGGGGCUUGGAAAGGGGGGUUGCGUUGCUUUUCAUCUUGCAUGACUUGCAUUUUAGGACUAACGUAGAAAACGUGCCCGUGUGUUCAGCCUUUUUGUGUGUCAACGCAUGCUACUGACCUUAGUAUUAACAAACAGGUACAGAGAGAGGCUGAACGAAUUGACUUUCAUUACAGGCAAACAGCCCGUUUUACUAAAUAGCUCCUUUAAAUAUUAGUGACUUUCACUCCAAGAGUUUGAGCUUUCCUUUGACUCAGUAGUUUCCCCUUUCGUCUCUCUUCCCCUUCUUGCACCUACUGAUGCAGACAUCAAUUCUUGACUCGUUGGGGACCAGCAGAAUGGAGACUGAUUACAAUCCCAUGGAGUUGUCCAGUAACACAGGGUUUGAAGAAGAUUCUGAAUUUAAGGACAUUGAAGGAACAGAUGUGAAGGAUAUGAGACUAGAGGCGGAAGCUGUUGUGAAUGAUGUUCUGUUUGCUGUCAGCAACAUGUUUGUCUCAAAAAACCUUCCAUGUGCAGAGGAUGUGGCGUAUAUCAAUGUGGAGACAAGGGAAAGAAACAGAUAUUGCCUGGAGCUCACAGAAGCAGGACUUAGGGUGGUGGGUUAUGCUUUUGACCAGGCUGAUGAUGGCUUACAAACUGCGUAUCAUGAGACUGUCUACUCUUUAUUGGACUCUCUUAGCCCAGCAUAUCGUGAAGCUUUUGGAAAUGCACUGCUACAGAGACUGGAAGCUUUGAAAAGGGAUGGGCAAUCAUGAUUCAGUCUGCAGUAACAAGCACAUGUUGGGGAAUGAUUAAUGAUGGUGGGAAUUACUGAGAUUCUGCUUUCAGAUAUAGCCAGAAACAUAUAUCAAGCUUCAUUUCUUGUCUAAACAUGUAGGUUCCUUACAAUAGUAGUGACUUGUAAAAUAUCAGUGUUGCUAUGGCUCUGCUUUGUCCAUAAGGCAACUUUAAGCUAUCUUGGUGGACUAUAGAAGUAGUACCUUUUUUUGUUUAACUCUGCUGUAGCUCAUCAGUUGAAAGUGACUUGCUUUCUACAGCAUUUGAAAAAAUUUGAUCUCUUUGCAAAGCAAUAUGAUCCAAUAUUUUAUUCUAAGAAAUAUCUUAAUUGGUACUGUUCAAAGCUUGAAUGACAUGUAUGGAAGUAGUAAUGCUUUCUUAAUGUGUCUAUCUGUAAACUUUAACUCCUUAAAACCAAAUUUUAGCUACUUAUUCUAGCUAAAUUAAUGGGAGCUACUUUAGUUCACUUAGAGGAUAUCUAUUUCAGCUCAAAUUUUUGUAUGCAAACCUGAAAACUCUCUGCUUCAUUCACAAAAUAUGCACCUCACAAUAUCAUAUCAUUUGAACAUUACUUACUCUGGGCUUGUCUGUACUUAAAAUACUGCAGCCGUGCUGAUGUAGCUGUGCCACUGUAGCACUUCAGAAUCUCCUGUUGGAAAUCCACCACCCCAAGAGGUGACAGCUAAGCUAACCGAAGAAUUCUUCCAUUGAUCUAGUGCUGUCUACACAGGGACUUAGGUCAGUUUAAAUGCACUACUCAGGGGUGUAGAUUUUUGGUAGCCCUGACUGACAUAGUUAAGUUGACCUGAUUUCUAGUUUAGACCAGACCUUACUGUCCUUGUUGAGUUAAAAGCAAUGUUCAGUAUUAUUCAGUGUACCCUUGUCUUCAGUAAAGAAAAGAUAACCGUUAGCAUAUGAAUGUAUUAUCUAAAUUUGCAAAUGAGCUAAGCACAGAAGUAAAGUAGGAAGAACAGGUGACAUUUUUUCUUAAAUAUAGACCAUACUAAUGUUAUAACUUUGGGAGGGGAGGAAGACAUAUUAGCCUGUUUAUUAUUCUAAAUGUUUGUUUACAUGAUGUACAGAAUAUACUCAAGUAUUUUUGCUUCAGUCUUUACUUUUUACAGUGCAGUGCUUAGGUAUUCCUGUAAGGCUGCCCUUUUCCUCAAUUGUACAGUGUCCUGUCCUAAAGAACAGUAAGUAUAUAAUGUCAAUGCAGUAUAUUGGUUUGAAACCUAAGGCUGUAGGAAAUAUUCAGAGAUUGAUAUUGAAUUGGGAGACAGUUAUGUAUUUUCUAUUUUAUAAAAAAAUACAAAGCUCUUUAUAAACUUAUUGUGCUACUGUAAGUUUUCAAAUGUUUGGAAGAGACUUGUAUGUCUGAAUGGAAGAGACUUUUUGAAAAGUAUUCAGUUGGUUUAAAGCACCAGUACUAUUGAACUAACAUUAUAUGAUUAAACACUUUUUUGCAUUCUUAUAGUAUUCAGUAUUUAUGCAUCCUUGUUUAUGUAAUUCUGCCUUUGUUUCUAGCAUGAAACAUGGGAGAAUAAAGUAAAUGUGAAUCCAAAGAGAGGGCUUGAUCAUCAGCUGUUGUAAAUAAACAUGCUCCACUGACUUCAACAGAGCUAGACUAAUUGACACCAGCUGAAGAUCAGUCGCAUUAAUUUGAGGGACCAGUUAACAAGUUGUGUUUAUUACAGUUUUGUGGCAAUGAUGAUGUAAUUAUGACUGAGAAGGCACCUACAGUCAAAGCUUCUGUUUUCAAGUGUAAUGUUUUUGUUUUAUUAUCUUCUUAGGUUGAAACAUCUCAUGUUAAUCUUCUGUCCUACAGUUUAAUAUAUAUUUUGGUUAAAAGUAUUUUCAUGCUCUAAGAAAAUUGUUCAACUUUUUUCCCCCCCAGAUUUGUGGCAUGUGCUUUAAUCCUCUAUGAGGAAAACGUACUUUGCCAAGUUUAUGUCUAAAUAUCUACCCAUGUAACAAUGCACCUGACUAGACACUUGAAUAAAUGCACAAACUUAUA